AUGGAGGAGAGUCAUGCGGCAGCGUUCGCUUGUGGACACGCUCUGGCUAACACCAGGUCCCGUGUCACGGGAAUGGAGCUGGCUCUGGUCUAUGAACGUGUGCACACGGCAACAACGCUGAUUAGGUGCCCGUUGCGACGGCUCCGGCGAUCGGCAGUCACUCCUGGGCACAGCGGUGCGCGUUUGACCCCACGCUUACGUCACCAGCGUGCGGGUCGAGAGAGACGGCUCGACAUGAACGUCACUUGGGCGCCAUCAUCCGGACGGGCGCUCACAGCUGUGCUUGUGAACGGGGCACUCUGGGCGCUUGGGUUCGUCUCUAGGCAGCGGGCGCUCACGCAAGCUGGCCUGCUGCACGCUGCCGCACUCGGGACGCUGUUAUGGGCGUCACUCGGCUGGGCUGGGUGGACCACUUGUCUGCUCUUUUUGGUCAUAUCCAGUAUAGCCACCCGUUUAAAACAGGAUAGAAAGGAGCAACUCGGCAUCGCGGAGAAGCGCGGCGGUGCCCGGGGCCCAGAGAACGUCUGGGGCGCGGCCGCUGUCGCUGCGCUCUGCGCGCUUCUACACGUCUGGCUCCCAGGGACUGGCGCUUCUGCUAGAUGGAAGGCGCUUGCUCGACUAGGUUUUCUGACAUCCAUGGCGACAAAGCUAGGCGAUACGCUCGCCACGGAAAUCGGCAAGGCGUACGGACGCAAGACGUACUUGAUCACCACAAUGCAGGAGGUGCAGCCUGGUACUGAGGGUGCCAUUAGUCGCGAAGGCACCAUCGCUUGUGCUGCGGGAAUCCUGAUCCUGACGCUCUUCGGGGCAGCGUCCAGGCUGAUACCGUUUCAGGCGAAUGCGCUUGCAAUCUGUUCCGUGUCUGCGUUCAGCGCAACCCUCAUCGAGAGCGUCAUCGGAGCUACCCUGCAGCGGCGGUAUCCGUGGCUCUCCAACGAAGCAGUUAACGUUUUGAACACAGCGAUAGGUGCAGUGCUUGCGGUCAUCGUAGGCGCAUUGGUUCUCUAG